CUCCUUUAAAAUUGUCAAGCCUUCAAGGCUUCAACCACCCGCCCACUACCCUCACUCACUCUCCCCACAGUACAAAUACACACAAACAGACAAAAUUACAGAUAUUCCUCUCACAAUCUCAAAAAAUCACUCCAAAAUAAACUAAAAUCAAUUCCCUAAUUAUUUCCAUAAACAGAUUUUGUUCCGCACAUUGAAGAAAAACGGCGAUGGCUUUCGACGGCAAUCGGGGGAGAAAGCCUCUGCUCUACGCCGAUUUGUUCAAGCGCCGGCCGGCGGAGAAGGAGGCGGAGAGCGGCGCGAUUUCGAAUCCGGAGGUGCCGAGUUCAAUUUCGAGCUUGUCGAGCCAGCUGUCCUCGCCCCGCGACUCGUCGUCGUCCGGCUUCAGCACGCCUCUGUACUCCGAUUUUGAGAGCGAGGACGACGAUUUCAUCGCCGAGUUGACUCGGGAGAUGGCCGAGCGCAUGCUCGAGGACGACGAUGAUGGUGAAGAAGAAGUAGAGGAAGAAAAGGAGGAGAAAAUAGUAAAGAGUGCGAGUGGCUAUACGAAGAAGAACGAGCUGAUUUGCAUGGGUAAUAGCAGCGAAAUUGAUGGCCGGGAAUAUGGUGUCGGUUCGGGCCGGGCCGGAAUAGGCGACCCGAUUAACCCUAUCCAGGUUUUGGAGCUGAAAAAACAACCUAAAGAGGAGCAAUUUGUUGGGGGAAAGCUAGUCAAAGGGACAGAGACAGCUCAGCCGAAAGCACGGCGACACCAGCAUAGGCACGCGCAGAACAGGUGGGAAAACAGGUCGCGUAUGCAGGCCGUCUUUCUUGGCGGAUCCGGGUCGGGUAAAGGACCCUCCGGAACCGGAUUUUUUCUGCCACAGCUGAGCGCCGACCCGGCCCAGCAGAAGAAAAAGGCAGGCUGCUCAAUAGUCCUUAUGCCCACGAGGGUACUACAAAUGUUGGAGCUCCAUUCCAAGCAACGUCAUCAGCCCACAUUGCCUGGUGGUGGGCCCCAAGCCCACGCGUGGCCCAAAUUAGGUGAGUCCAACACAUCAAAGGGGCUUUCACAGCCGGAAAAAGGGCCUUCAAAUGGCGACGAAAUACAACUACCGCAAGAAUGGACUUACUAAGGCCCAUGGGCCAUGACUCUAUGCAUAAUGUAUGUCAAGAAAAAAAUAAAUUAUGAUCAUAAUAAUAAUAAUACUAAAAGAAUGCACAAGUCAGCAAAAUAAAAAAUAAAUUGGAUAAAAUAAGUAGGCAUUGGAAUUUGGAAAUAAACCUGAUUUGCAUUGACCUUGGACUGGUGCAAGUUGUGUGCAAAUGGGGUCAAUUUUUAGGUGUUGAAUAAGAUUUUGUGAAGGGUUUUUGUUAAAUUUGUGCAUAUGUAGUGAAGUAUUUGUUAUUGGCCAAGUGUUUGCAUCGAAUUUGACAUUUAUGGAGAUUUUGUUGGUUUAGUUUGGUGAGCAAAUAGAUAUUUCACUUGCUA